AUGUCUUGGACACCAGAUCAAAAUGCAUUAGAACAAUUAAAACAUAUUUUUAAAGGAACAUUAUCAUCAAAUAAUCAAGAAAGAAAAUUAGCAAAUGAUGCUUUGAUACAAGCAAAAGAAAAUUCAGAAAUUGAAAAUUAUUUAUUAACUUUAUUAAUAAUUGAUGAUCAUACCACAGGAUCUGAUGUUAGAGCUGCAGCAGGAAUAAAUUUAAAAAAUCAUAUAUUAAAAAAUAAAUAUGAUACGGCUACAACAAUUGAUAGAAGUUUCUUGUUGAAUAAUAUUAUGAAAGGUUUAAAUUCAAAUGAUUUAUUAGUUCGAAAUAUUACUGGAAAUGUUAUAACUACUUUAUUUUCAAUAUAUGGAUUAGAUAAAUGGAGUUCUUCAUUAAGUCAAUUAAUACAGCUAGCUAAUUCACCUACCUCCGCAUCAUCAAAUGAUUAUACAACUCAAGAAUCAGCAAUGAGUGCAUUAUCUAAAAUUUGUGAAGAUUCAUAUUUACAAUUAGAUCAAGAAAUAAAUGGUGAAAGACCUUUAAAUUAUCUUAUACCAGAGUUAUUAAAAAUUUUAGAUCUUCCCCUUUCAAAUUCAACUUUUAAAAUAAAAUCAUUUGUUAUACAUUGUAUUAAUCAAUUUAUAUUAUUAAAUACUCAAUCGUUUCUAAUAAUUAUUGAUUUAUAUCUUGAAAAAAUAUUUCAAUUAGCUCAAUUGAUAGAUAACAUAAACAACAAAGAUAAUUUAAAAGAUUUAAAUUUAUUAAAAAAAAAUAUUAUAAUUUCAUUUUUAUCAAUAUUAGAAACAAGACCAGAUAAAUUGGUACCUCAUAUAGAAGGUAUAUUAAAUUAUUGUUUACAUAUAUUAAAUUCAACAAAUUCAUCUCAAGAAUUAAGUUUAGAAAGUUGUGAAUUUUUAUUUAGUUUAUCAAAUUCCGCUGAUUUUAAAUUUUUAUUUACUAUAGAUAAAUUAAAAAUUAUUUUACCUAUAUUAUUAGAUAAAAUGAUUUAUUCAGAAGAUGAUUUAUUAAAUAUUGAAAUUGAAGAUGAAAAAGAUGAUACUAAUAUUGAAGAUAAAGAUGAUGAUAUAAAACCUAAUUUUAUAAAAUCAAAAGAUGCUAGAGCUGUAUCUAAUGGUAAUAAUAAAAAUGGAACAAGUAAUGGGAAUAUUAAUGAUAAUGAUAAAAACGAUGAUGAUCAAGAAGAUAACGAAGAAGAUGAUGAAGAUGACGAUGAUGAUGAAGAUGAAGAUGGAACAGACACAUACUGGAGUUUAAGAAAAUGUUCAGCUGCAACAUUAGAUAUAUUAAGUGAAAAUUUACCACAAGAAGUUUUAGUAUUAGCAUUACCUAUAUUACAAAAUAAAAUUACAUCAUCAGAAUGGCCAGUUAGAGAAGCAGCAAUAUUAGCAUUUGGAGCAAUGAGUUCAAGUUUUAUAUCAUUAGCAAAAGAUAAAUUACCUGAAUUAGUACCAUUUUUAGUUGAUUUAUUAAAAGAUCCAAAUCCAAGAGUAAGACAAAUUACAUGUUGGACAUUAUCAAGAUAUGUUAUAUGGAUAAAUGAAGAAGCUUAUGAAGGUGGAAAUUAUUCAAAUUAUUUUCAACCUACUUUCCAAUCUAUUAUGAAUUGUACAUUAGAUUCAAAAAAAAUUGUUCAAGAAGCUGCUUGUAGUGCAUUAUCUUCAUUUAUUGAAGAAAGUGAUUUAAAUUUAAUUGAAAAAAAUUUAAACAAUUUAUUAAAUUUAUUUACAGAGUGUUUUAAAAUUUAUCAAAAAAAAAAUCUUAUAAUAUUAUAUGAUUGUAUACAAACAUUUGUUGAAAAAAUGGGUUAUGAAAAUUUAUCUGCUGAUCCAAAUUAUGUACAAAUUUUAUUACCUCCUUUAUUAAAUAAAUGGAAUUCAUUAAAUGAUGAAGAUAAUGCAUUAUGGCCCCUUUUAGAAUGUAUGGCAUCAAUAGCAGCAACUUUAAAAGAUCUUUUUGCUCCUUAUGCUAUUCCAAUAUAUGAAAGAUCUUUAACAAUAUUAUCAAAUUGUAUAAUAAUGGAUCAAAAUUGUUCAAUAGAUCCAAAUAUAAAUUCUCCUGAAAAAGAUUUUAUUGUUACAUCUAUAGAUUUAAUUGAUGGAUUAAUUCAAGGAUUUGAAUAUCAUUCAAUUGAUUUAAUUAAUUAUAAUGGUGAUUCUAAAAAUUCUUCAAAUCUUGUGGAUUUAUUAUUAGUAUGUUUUGAAGAUUAUAAUCAAGAUGUAAGACAAUCCGCUUAUGCAUUAUUAGGAGAUUUAGCAAUAUAUGUUAUAAAUAUUUUAAAACCUCAAUUACAUUCAAUUUUCCUAAGUAUUGGAAAUGAAAUUAAUAAUAGAUCUUUGGAAACUUAUCCAGUUUAUAAUAAUGCAAUAUGGUCAUUAGGUGAAAUUAUAAUAAGAUUAUCCCACACGGAAAUUGAAAAUUAUUUAGAAAAUUUUUUAAAUUUAUUAAUUCCUUUAAUAAAUGAUUCAAGUUUACAAACUACAGUAUUAGAAAAUUGUUCAAUUUGUUUAGGUAGAAUGGGAGAAAAUGGAUCUCAAAUAUUAGCACCAAGAUUGAUAGAAUUUAUUCAACCUUGGUGUAAAUAUACUUUAAAUUUAAUAGAUAAUGAAGAAAAACAAACUUCUGUCCUAGGUAUGAUAAAAAUUAUCUCGCUAAAUCCAAAUGAAGGAUUUGGAGGAUUAUCAACUCAACAAGGUAAAAUUAAUCUUGCUAAAUUUUUAGAAGUUUUAGGUAGCUAUAUUGAUGCUUCAUCUUUUUUACAAAAUGAAUUUUAUAAAUUAAUUCUUAAUUUUAAACAAUUAUUAGGUGAUGAAAUUUGGGAAAAUCAAAUUUUAAAAUUUGUUAAUCCAAAAAUUAGACCAAAUAUUUCUAUAUAA